AUGUUCGGCAUCCUGGGCGCCCGCGACCGCAGCGACGGCACUGAGGAAUAUGCCUCGUUCGACGAGCUCUUCGCGGCGCUGAAGACGCGCAUGCAAAAAGAUGGGUACAAGGUCGUCAAGUCACGUACCCAUCGAAACAAGGUCGGCGGCACCUACGAGAAAGGAAGCGAGGUCGUCAGAUGUGACCUCGUCUGCGAUCGUGGUGGCCAGCCUUACAAAUGCACAGCGACGCAGCUGAAGACAUCCACCAAGAAGACCAAUUGCCCUUGGAAGGCCAAAGCCGUCAAUCGUAAGACGCUGGGGAAAUGGAUCUUGACCAUCAUAUGCAGCGAACACAACCAUGAAGCGCGUACGCCCGACCCGCCGACCGAUGAGGAGGAUGCUGAUGCGGAGGGAGAUGCCGACGUCGUUCAGGACGUAUCAAUUGUUCCGGAAGUGCAAAACUCUGGUCCGGCGCCAGAUCCCACAACAGCUGCCCUCCUUCUCAUGGUGGGAGCCGCUCCCAACACGAUGCGACUUACCGGCGAGACCUUUCACAACUUCAAGUCCGAGUACCGCAAGAUGUCGAAACCUGAACGCCUGGGUAUACUAGCCCAGAUGCAACUGCGCAUCGCAGCCAUAUAUGCCGUCGAGAACGAGGAUAUGCAGAGACAAGAAAGGCAGGCUAGGCAGGAGAAGAAGCAUCAAGAGAUCGAAGAAAGUCGACGCAAAUCGCAAAGCACACAACAGCCGCAGCAGCAACAGCAGCAGCAGGUACCACAGCAACAACUACCACAGCCACCGCCCCAGCAACAGCAACAGCACCAACAACAGCAACCCCCUCAACCGCAACAACAGCAGCAGCAUCAGCAAGUGCAGCAUCAACAAUAUCAACAACAUCCCCAACAGCACCAGCAGCAACAAGUACAGAAUCAUAAUCUUGGCCACAAUCAUGGCCAUAACCACAAUCGGGUUCAGCAGCAGAUGAACCAGAUGUCCCGGGAUGGCAUGGCUGGUAUGCCUAAGCACCCGUUUGAGCAGACAACCCACGACGAGCACGCGCAGUAUAGAGAUCGGCAAGCUGAGAUCGAGGAGCGCAACCAGAGGACGAUGCAGAUGCGCGGGCAGCACCUUAACAACACCUUCCAGCAGCAGAAUGCUGUCCAACAGACGCCUAUUCCUGUGCCUCAAUUCGGCAUGCAGUCGGCGCAAGGGAGCGUCAAGUGCCUCGCCGGCCACAGGCUCAAAGAGGCGUGGCCGGCCGAAGAAGACAGCUAUGGACCAGACACUCGACCCCAGCCUUCACAUGGGAAGAUAGUCGCCGCUUGUGCCGUUAAGGGUUACAGAUACCCUACCGGAUGGAGGAACUGGGGCAUGGCGUUUAUAAGGAUACCAGCGCAGCAAGCUGACCCGGACAUACUUAGUUUUCUUCUCGCUGGAAAAGCACAGUUCCGGGAGAGAGCUGCCAGGAUGGCUCUCGGAGUUUCGAUGCCAUUUUUUCAGGCCGUUGUAGUGGGGGCGUCGCAACCACGGGCAAUUUUUGACCGAUGGUCCCUGGUCCACCGUCCCGUCUGCGCAUCAAAAUUUCUGCCCCACCAUCCCGCAUCGCCGCGGUCAACCGACGCAACAACCAUGGCGACGGUACUCCCCCCGCCCUCGAAGCGUCAAAAGCGCGAGACGCUCGAGAAGACACAGACUCAGCAAGAUGUCACAGCAAUGGCUCCGGGCCUUGAGGGCUCUUUUAAGGCCCGCUUCGUUGAUGGCGACGGACAGCAGCUGGCUGAGGUGAUCGAGGUGCCCCUCGCCGACGCUUCUGAGAAGAACUUGACUCUCCUUCUCAACACUUUGCAAGGAAAGGAUAGAGAAGACUUCCUCCCGUACAAGUUCCGAAUCCACAUCCCCGACACAGAUAUCAUCGUCGACCAAUACCCCACCAACCUCCUCGAGCUCCUUCGCAGCCAUGGCGUCGCAAACCCCUUCGAAACAACAGUCACUCUUAGUGCCGAGCCCCAGGCCGUAUUCAAGGUGCAAGCCGUCACCCGCAUGGCCCAUCGCAUCCCAGGUCACGGCGAAGCCAUCCUCUCAGCCCAGUUCUCCCCCGAGACCAGCAAGAGGUUAGCAACGGGCGGUGGAGACAAGACAGCUCGUAUAUGGGAUACCGAGACAGGCACCCCGAAGUUCACACUCUCGGGCCACUCCGGCUGGGUGCUCUGCGUUGCGUGGUCCGCCGACGGCCGCCGCCUCGCAACGGGCAGCAUGGACAAGACGGUUCGCCUCUGGGAUCCGGACAAAGGCGUCGCUGUCGGCCAGCCCCUAUCUGGCCACGCAAAAUGGGUCACUGGAAUCGCCUGGGAACCCUAUCACCUCUGGCGCGACGGCACUCCCCGCCUGGCAUCCGCCAGCAAGGACGCGACGGUGCGCAUCUGGGUCGUCAACACGGGUCGGACAGAGCACGUCCUGUCGGGCCACAAGAGCAGCGUCAGCUGCGUGAAAUGGGGCGGUACGGGGCUCGUCUACACGGGCAGCCACGACAAGACGGUCAAGGUCUGGGACUCGGUCAAGGGCACUCUCGUACACACGCUCUCCUCACACGCCCACUGGGUCAACCACCUCGCCCUAUCUUCCGACUUUGCCCUAAGAACGGGCUUCUUCGACCACACUCCCACGCCGGAGACGGAGGAGGCUCGCCGCGCCAAGGCUAAGGAGCGCUUCGAGAAGGCCGCCAAGAUCCAGGGCAAGGUGGCCGAACGCAUCGUCUCGGCUAGCGACGACUUCACAAUGUACCUCUGGGAUCCGUCACAAGGCACCAAGCCCGUGGCGCGUAUGCUGGGUCAUCAGAAACAGGUUAACCACGUCACUUUCUCCCCGGAUGGCACUCUCAUCGCCAGCGCGGGCUGGGACAACCAUACUAAGCUCUGGAGCGCGAGAGAUGGCAAGUUCAUCAACACGCUGCGCGGACACGUCGCGCCUGUGUACCAGUGCGCCUUCUCCGCGGACUCGCGGCUGCUUGUGACGGCAUCAAAAGAUACCACGCUCAAGGUGUGGUCCAUGGCGACGCACAAGCUGGCUGUAGACCUUCCGGGGCACCAGGAUGAGGUGUAUGCCGUUGACUGGAGUCCCAGAGAUGGCCAGCGCGUGGGCAGUGGUGGAAAGGAUAAGGCUGUGAGUUGGGCAACUGUUGCAAUGCGUGGUCUUGCGCAUAUCAUGGAUGGGUUUUUGGCAACUAGAAUACGGAUACACAAAAGAGAAUAUACCCCAUUUGUUCCCAAGCUGCCCAUGCCUUAUCUCACGAAUUUUGCCUUGGCCUGCAUUGCUAGACAUCUUGAACCACUCCGCUCGACGUCGCAGGACUACCAGUUGUUCAUUUCUUUGCCUUUCUGCUUUGCCCAGAGCAUGGGCCAUUACAUCCAGCAUCACCCCGGAUGGCCAAGACUCAAUGGAAGAAUCUCCUCCGCAGACUUCAAGAAUGAGGGGGAAAAGGCGUCGGAGGAUGGGAGUAGUACGAAACUCACAACAGCAUCGUUUCUCAAGGGCAUCCAAGAUGUAACCUCAACCUCUUUCGCAAGUGAAGAUGACCGCAUGCAAGCACUCCUCGGAACAUACGCUCUAAUGGCGCGCCUAGAAUCUCCAUGGGAGACAUUGGUGAGGAUCUGUAUGACACAGCCCGCCCUUGGCGCAACUCUGAAGAUUCUGAAGGACUUGCAACUUUUUGAGAAAUGGCAAGCUCGGAACGGCGAGCCAAUGACGAGUUGCCAGCUUGCUGAGCUUCUUGGAGGCACUUGUGAUCCCGCGCUACUCUAUCGGUUCCUACGUCUAAUGGCAUCGAAUAAUCUUCUUGAAGAAACCUCCGUAGGUGUCUUCAAGCCGACGUCAUUCGGAGGUUCCGUCACAGCACCAUUGUUCGACAGUCUAAUCCACAGCUUCAAUGACACGAUCCUCCCAAUGUACGCCAAAAUGCCAGAAUACUUUUCAAAAACGGACUACACCAAUCCGCAAGACUCCUCCUACACCGUCUUCCAGUACGCGCACAGGUGGGACGGCGAUCUAUGGUCCUACUACCAAGCUCACCCCAAACAGCAAGAGCAGUUUAGUACUAUUCAGCAGACAAUCUCAGGGCUACAUCCUGCGUGGACAGAGAUCUUCCAAGUCGAGAGACUGAUGGAAGGGGAUGAUGCUCAGACGCCUUUGCUUGUGGAUGUUGGCGGGAGUACCGGGCACGAUGUACUCAAGUUCCACUCCUUCUACCCAGAGACAGCCUCCCGAUUGUAUCUCGAGGAUUUAGGGUCCGUGGUAGAACAAGCUUUCUUGCCUGAGGGGGUACACAGGGUUUCAUACGACUUCUUUACACCACAGCCGAUAAGAGGAGCGAGAGCAUACCUACUGCACUCCAUACUCCACGAUUGGUCCGACGCCCCAGCCCGCAAGAUUCUAGAAAUUCAGAGAGACGCCAUGACGCCCGGAUUCAGCAAGUUACUCAUCCACGAUAACAUUGUCGAAACGGCUCUAGCACAUCCGCAGACAACCGCCUUCGAUAUCCAGAUGAUGGCCAUGGUCGCCGGUCAAGAGCGGACAGAGGAUCAGUGGAGGGAGCUUAUUACCUCGGUUGGAUUACGUGUUGUCAAUAUUUGGAGGUUGAAGUCUGCUGUGCAUAGCAUCAUUGAAGUCUCGAGAUAG